AUGACCCACACCAGCUUCGUCUUUAAGUCCGUACUGUUAAUGAGUAACUAUUUAGUUGGGAAAUCUGCCCUGACUGAAACAAAAGACAUCACAAAAGAUGAAGCCGUGACAGAAGAACUCGAAAAGCUCAAGCAGGCUACGGAACUGAAGAAGGUGAAGCAGGAAUUCGAAGAAGGGAAAGUGGCCAGCACAACUGCCGAAGAACUACAGCAAGCAAAGGCAGCUAUUGCUCAAGAACGUCAAAAGCUUACUGAAAUCGGCAAGGCACGUAGUUUUCCUUUGACAAACCACUUGAUGAAUAACCUGGAUUCUACUCUGGAAGUGAACCUUGAGGAGAAGAUGAAACGCUUGGAAAAGGAUCUUGUAGCCGUCGGCAAAGAAACGUUGGCAAGCGCUAAAGAAAGGUGA